CUACUGAAAAACAUUUGGAUAUCAAAUCACUGUAACGCUUCAAAUUAGCUUGCGUGCACUUUUCAUUAAUUCGUAAGAAUAAAUAGGUGUUUUUGAACUGUGGCAGCAGAAUGAUGUUCUUUCGAGUGAAAAUUGUGUAUUUAAUGUUAUUUCAGGGAUUCUGCUAUGUGAACUGCAGUAUUAUUGGAUCUGCAAAACAAAAUGUCAACAGCAUAAUCAGCAGAGAUGAGAAAUGGAAAAAUUCAACCGCCCAAGGACAUAUCACAGUAAACACAGAUGGUUCAUCAAAUACAAUAGAUAACAAGAUACAUACAAGAAAACCGAAUCAAUCUAUAAUUCCUGUUCGUCCAAUUCAUGAUGAGAAACUAUCAACUCCAAUUGUACAUCAUAUUCUUCCUAACAUUACACAACAGCUGGCAACAAAUUUGAAUGCGAAUCAGCAACCUCCAAAAUUGACGAAGAAAGUGCACCAUCAUUUGACUGUUGAGGAAUUACGACAGCGAAGAAAGGAGCUCAGGGAGAAAUGGCAAGCAAGGCACAACAUUCUAUCACAUCCGCCACCACAUGGGUUGCUCAUCCAAAGUCAAGACCCCAUAAAGGCUGGACCAAAACGCUUCGAGAUCCCACAUGUCAUGAAAAAAACCAUAUCGAAAUCACAUUCAACUGAAGAACAUAUAAAAAAAAAUUUACUUGUGGAAAAUACACAUCCGAAAAAAAUUGCAAGUUUGUAUGAGCCAAUAACUCCACGUACAAGGAGAAUACUGGAACACAAAGACGAGGCAGGAGUUCUCGAUUCUUCAAAACCUAAAUAUCUGCUUUCUGCGAGGACAAAUUCUAGAACAACUCUGUUGAAUAAAAAUAUUCGAACUGAAAAUCCGCCAGAAGUACCUUCUGGAAAAAAUAAAGUUGAUGAAGGUUCUCUGAUAUCAACUCAAGAUAUUAAGUACUCAACAGAAAGCCCGUUCAAAUCUAAUUAUGUAAAUUAUCCCUUCAUGCCUGAUCCUAUGAUAGCCCCUAUGUACUAUUGGCCUACGGGCGCGAGUACCCCAUCUUCCACAACUUCUUUGAAUCCGUCUACAACUAAUCAGGAUGAAAAACCCUCGACAGAAAGUGAUUUCAAACCUAAUUACGUGAAUUAUCCCUUUAUGCCUGACCCUCAGAUAGCCCCGAUGUACUAUUGGCCUAUGGGCGCGAGUACCCCAUCUUCCACAACUUCUUUGAAUCCGUCGACAACUAAUCGGGAUGAAAAACACUCGACAGAAAGUAAUUUCAAACCUAAUUACGUGAAUUAUCCCUUUAUGCCUGACCCUCAGAUAGCCCCGAUGUACUAUUGGCCUAUGAGUGCAACUACAUCAUUAUCAUCAACUUCUGUGAACCGAAAAGAUACAAGUUCCGACAGUACAACUCCUAGUUCUGGAGUAACGAAAAAUGAAGUUAUGGACAAAUUUUCAGCGAUUACAAAAUCACCAAUAUCGUCUUCCCCAAGUUCUGAACGACCAGAGAACAGUAAAUUGCUUGAGGAACAGAUUAGUCGUGCUAGCAAUAAAAGACAAGGUGACAUAAGACCCUUCGGGCAUGGACCUUUUGUCGAAACAGUUGUCUCGCCUAUAAUCCCAAAUUUCGCCUUUCAGGCAACAACUGCCUCUUCUUUGAAUAUUUUCGAUUUUAAACUCGGGGCACUCGCUGAAAAAAUUACAACUAACGUUCCAGGACCUAUAAUUGACGAUGUGGUAAGCGUGAAAAUAGAACCUUCGAUAUUUGAUGCAGAAGGGUAUACAACAGGGAAAACAGAUACUGCUUCUUUCCACAAAAACUUAACUCAUCAUGAAAAACUCCCAUACCAAAAACCAGGUUUCGGAUAUGGUAAAUCAUCAGAGCAAGUUGGCUCAACCAAUCCACAUCCUGCCAUUUCAAACGAACAAGCAGCUAUUAAAACAGAUACCCAAUCAUUCUAUACAAAUUUGCGUGAUAAGAAAAAGAUUGCCCUACAGAAUCCACUUGGGGAUCGUGAAAAAUCAGAAGGUCAGAUUGUGGUGACAGAAAAAAGUUUAGAAGUUGAUAAUUCUCUUACCGAUAUAAAGUUAACCCAUGAAAUAAAUUCAGAAAAAAGAUCAGAAGAGAAAUUAGAAUCCGAAGAGCAUUCUGUUGGUAACGAAACAGAUUCACAUUCGCCUGUUCGUCAUGGAAAAAGAAGUUCUGAACACACAACAAGUUCACCAGGAGGUAGUGCAAUGAAAAUAGCAGAAGAAACACAUGUUCAUCAAGAUUGGAGAGAAAACCUGAGGAGGGCGAUCAAAGAGAGAUUGCUCAAGUUGAGCAGUGAUAAUGAAACAUAUAAUUGUUUUUAAGAUGAAUCAAUAAAUAAUACGAAUCUAAA